CUCACACAGACGCUGGGAUUGCUGAUUGUCUGCCAGUCUUCAGACCUCUGCUGGAUAUGUUGGACAUAGAGGCAGUGGUACUUGAUGACGAGUCUGGAUGGAUUUACCUUCAGCUGUCCUAUACAUGUGGAUUUUGUUUCCAAAUUACUUAGGGAGUGACAUUCAGCUUUCUUUGCUGAAAAAUCUGGAUUCAAAUCUUACUUAUAGUAUACCCUGAUUUUUGAAAGCAACCUGUUGCUCUGUGGUUUGCGUCUGUCUUGUUAGGAAAUGAACAUUUCGUAUAGUUGUUUCUUUUUCCAUCAAGAUUGGUGAACCAGGACCAAGUUGGACAAGGUUUUGUUUUAACUGGACAUUAGACUGAUAUAGAGAUGACUGGAGCCUUGCAUGCUGGAUUAAUACUGUUUUUUGUUGUGGCUAUGUGUGAGAGUGAGCCAACACAUGUUGGGAUUGACAGAGUGGGCAAUUCACAUGGACAGUCCAGAUUGGUUCACUUAUCCUCUCACUGGGCCUUAGUGCUGGUCAAUGACUCACUAGACCUUUCCAGGGCUGAGAGCUUCUGCAGAAGUCAGUUCAGCUCACUUGCCUCCUUGGACCAAUUGGAGGUCCGCGAGGGUGCCUUGGAGGUACUACGUCAGGCCGGAUACCAGUCACAUGUCUGGAUCAACAAUCCCUCCAAACUGGCAUCUAAGCCCUUGCCCCUGUCUGAGCAGUAUUUGCAGUUCUCAGCUCUAAACUUCCCCAAAACAUCCAGAGAAGGCUUUGCUCGCAUCAAAAGGCCCUUCCCUGCUCUGUCAUCAAUCACCGUGUGUGUUCGUAUUCAAUGGGACCCAGAAUGGAAUGAAGUGUCCACUCUCUUUUCCUAUGCUGCUCGUGUCUUUACCAAUGAAUUCCUCCUACGAGGUCAGGGUGACAUGCAGGGACGGAUCCUCCUGGCACUCAUUGUCCAUGGGAAACACCUUCCAUAUAAAGCAUAUUUUCCGAAUGAUGGUGGAUGGCAUCAUAUCUGUGUCACUUGGAGCAGCAGUCUCUGGGCUAUCUAUGUGGAUGGGGAAAGGAAAGACAUGGGAUCAGGUUCAGACACUUCUAGAGAUAUCCAUGCUGAUGGGAUUCUGAUUCUGGGUCAGGACCAGGACUCAUUUGGAGGGAAUUUCACAGAGCCGUUUUUUGGAAAUAUCACUGACUUAAAUGUUUGGAAUAUGUCCCUGGAAAGUCGCCACGUCCGUGGUUUGAAUGGAUGUUCGGCCAUGAAUCAGGUCAAGCUUUUCAGCUGGAACCUUGACCAUCUUAUCAAUCACCCAGCCAUUAAGGAGGUCAAGGCCCUUCUUUAUUGCCCAGCAAAGCACCAGCAGAUGGUGAUGCAAGGCUGCAGAACGCUGCAGAUCCAGUCAGCUCAACACCCAGUAAUGAGUCUGUUUGACUGCUCUGAGCCACUGCCAUUUAUCUGCAUGAGCAGCAGAGAACGUUACCUGAAGAUGAAACAAAUGAGUGAAUCCCAAAGCUCUCAACCCACUGCCUUCAUGAAUCAUCUGAUGAAGCUUUCCAAUAACAGCCAGGCAGUACUAGGGCAGCAGUCAUUAUGGCUGAGCAGCCUGCCCGAAGCUUCCGCCCUGCUGGACAUGUCUGUCCAGGCUCUGCAGGACACAAGGCAGGAGGGACUGCAGCCAACAGACAUGGUUUCCCUCAUCCAGUUGCUGUCUCUGGCUGCUGAUGUUCCCCCACAGCUUUCUGAUUCCACCAACCACACCAAGGAGCGCGUCGAGGAGCUAAGCAAGCACUUCAUCAGUGUGGCCGACAGCGUCAUCAGCCAGGACAAUGCCUUCAAGUGGCAGGCCAUCAAAGAGGUGGUGAAUGGUCCCAUGGAUGUGGUGAAGAGUAUUGAUCGGAUGGUGACUAACUUGAGCCCCGGCUUGAUGGCAGAGAGAGAUCACCUGACAUUUCAUAGCCCCAACAUCAAAGUAGCAGUGCAGCAGCAAAUGCUUCAAGAAUCAUCAAAGGGAACAACUUUCUGUGGGCCUGAAACUGAGAAACAUUCCAACUCAGACUGUAUUUCAGUCCCACAUCAAAAGAUCCAGGAUCUUCUUAACAAAGGAUUCUAUAAGCUGACCCUGGUCAACACGUGGUAUGGUUCUCUGCGGCCUCUUUUCAAUCCUGAAGGAAACAUCAGCAUGGUCCCUACUGUCACAGAUGGCAGCCAAAGGUAUCUGGGUACUAUCCUGGGGUCCUCUGUCAUAUCCACCACAGUGCUGGGAGACAACCAGCCCGUCAGUACAGCGGUCCACUUUCAGCUCCGUCACAAAGUGCAGAAUCCUGCUGGGGCUGUAUAUGAUCCAGUGUGUGCCUUCUGGGAUUUUAAUCUCACUCCACAGGCUGGCGGGUGGUGGAAUACCAAAGGGUGCGAGGUCGUUUCCAAACAAUAUGGCUACACUGUGUGCUACUGCAAUCACACCACCAAUUUUGCAUUGCUACUACAGGUCUACGAAGCCCAGCCAAGCCCAGAAAACAAAAAAGCUUUGCAGGUGCUGACGUUCAUUGGCUGUGGAGUGUCUCUGUGUGGCCUCGUCUUCACCUUCAUCCUCUUCAUUGCUGUGGGGGUUCCUAAAUCGGACCGCACAACUGUCCAUAAGAACCUGAUUGUUGCUCUCAGCAUUGCUGAGCUACUGUUAAUGUGCAGUGACUGGGCGUCUGCCAAUGAGGGUGCAUGUUUUGUGGUGACAGCAUUGCUUCAUCUCUUCUUCAUGGCCUCUUUUUCCUGGAUGCUGGUGGAAGGUUUGCUAUUGUGGAGUAAAGUUGUGUCUGUCAACAUCAGUGAGGACCGCAGAAUGAAAUUGUACUACAUCAUUGGCUGGGGACUACCUGUUCUAAUAGUUGUUGUGACACUGUCAGCUACAGUGAAUGAGUACAAGGCCGAUGGACACUGCUGGCUCAAUCUAAAGACUGGCACAAUUUGGUCUUUUGUGGGACCUGUGAUAUUUGUUUUGGCGGUCAAUUCAGUUGUGUUGUGUCGGGUUGUCAUGGUGACUGUUUCCAGCGCCCGUCGUCGUGCUAAGAUGCUCAGUCCAAGCGCAGCAUCAAAAAUGCAGACCUUUGACCUCACCUGGGCUGUGACUCGACCAGUUCUCAUUCUCCUGCCUGUCCUGGGCCUAACCUGGCUCUGUGGAGUACUGGUCCACCUGUCUGUUGUAAUUGCCUAUAUCUUCAGUGCUCUCAAUGCCUUCCAAGGCCUGUAUAUUUUCUUAGUUUAUGCUGUUUACAACAGUGAGGUGAGGAAUGCCAUAAAGAGGAUCAAGGAAAAGAGAAAAGCCUUAUCUUUCACAAAUUGUUCCCAGCCAACCACCUUCAUACCUUCUCAGAGAGCUCCCAUCAGGUCUUGGGAUCGCAGUCCACCGACACCAUCCACCCCUGAGACAAGUGAGACCUCUGGACCCCCCAGUUCUAGCUCCACUUCACUAGUUAUCAAGAAUGAAAGAUUCAGAAAAGAAAGUUUUGUGAGCUUCUCAUUGAAACCAGCACCAGGAAACCAAGUGGUGCAACUCACAUCAUUCAAACCAUCAGGUUGUUGAACUGAAAAUGGAGUCCCAUCCUGAUACUCAAUACAUUGUAACCUUGGAUCACACUGAAAGAGGGUAGAACUGGACACACAAUUGGAAGUGCACGGCGACUACACACAAAUACACACAUCUUGCUGGUGUAGCUGAAACUCACAAUAAAGGAUGAAGAGCUCCACCUUUGCUUAUACACUGCAGAUGUUUGGUUCUCAGAUCAGAUCAAUGCAUAAACCCACAUCUUCACAGAGCCCUGUCCUGAUAUUACAUACAUUAAUAACAUAAAAUGCUCAUUUUCAUUUUAGAACAUGUUCUGUUUGUGUACUUUCAUCAGUAGAGAAAUGUACGAGAUUUAGGUGCUUUAACAGUCUGGCGGUCAUAUUUAAAGGAGCCGGUAAAAAGUACCAAUUACAUGUUCAGAAUUUCAAAAUGUGAUGAGGAAUUAACAAUAUUAUCAGAGAAAUCUUUAUGAUGAGAAAGUAUUGUUGUCAUUAAUAAAUUUAACACACUAUUUGAGAAGUCUGCUCAAAACCUUAUGAAAAUGGAUGGCUCAAUGAAUGAAUGAUAGAUGGAUAUUUCUUACGAUAACUGGACACAAACAUUUAAACCUCUGUUUAAGGAAAAUGUCAUCUUAAAAUCUUCAUUUAUAUUCAGACCUAGUGAACAUGUUGCAUAAUGACUAAUAUCAAGUCUCAUAAAUGGUUGGAAGCUGUGGACAGUCUUGCAUGUUGAUCGCAUCCUUGCAGAGUGUAAAAGUUAGAAACGUGUAAAAUGUGACAUUUUUGUGAUGUAGAAAGUUUAUAUCAUGCAUUUCACAAGUAAUUACUGAACAUUUAAACCUCAAAUCUGAAAUAAAAUUUUGUAAUUUAUUUUUGAAAAAAAAAAGUUUAACGUUUAAAUGUUAUAAUUGGGGGUAAAUUGCGUAUAUGAGCAGUAGUCAAUGAAUAAAUCAAACCCCUGUUACAUAGGAAUUAAUGCCUGACUGAUUAAUUCCUGAUGAAGUUCAGCAAAACUUGUAAUAUUUACUUUUUUUGCAACAAUUUACAUCAAAUGGAGAAAGUCAGAAAUGAUUUCUUCCGCAUUAGAUACACUAUGUUGUAUUUUAAAGAAGGUCAUGAAGAAGUAGAAUAAAUGGUAGCAGCAUUAACAAGAAAUGGACAUGCUUUCGCAAUUAAAUAAAAGCACCAACAUUUGAUAUUGAUACUGCUGCUGUCUGUUAAUAAUAUAGUUUGAUAAUAUUGGAACUGUAGUUACGUGCAUCAUGACGAGUUUGCAAUUCUUCUACAUAUCACGGCAAUACUGCAUAUCUAAACAAUUUUUGUUUUCAUUAUGUCAUGUUUUUUAACAAAUGGAUGCUUCUGCAAUGCCUUUCGUGGAAGAGAGCCAGAAUACCACAGCCAAUAGUCAUUACUUUCUUUUAAUAAACCAAACGCUGCUAACCUUGGAUUAUGAUCGUAAUGUUUUGAGUUGAUGAUUGACAAAAAUAGUCUUGCCAUCAAACCUUGAAUUAUGCUUACUUGAAAUAAUAAAAAAAAAUAAAAAAUCAAGACAUUACUAUCGGAAUAUAAGUUUUUCAGUUUUAUUUUGCCAUUGCUGUAAGUACUAAUGAUAACAAUGAAUAUGGGUAUGUAUUGAAUAUCAUAUAAUAGAUAUAUAAACUCAGAAUCGAUGUAUUGUAAUUGCAAUUCCCAUCUCUAAUAUAUGAGGGGCAGUCAAAAAGUAAUGAGUCCAAAUUAGUUUAACCUACUAAAAAUUUUUGUCAGAAAUUUACACGGUUUGUAGUAUUUCUUUGUAGAGCUGCAUGAUAUUGGAAAAACGUGAUAUCCAAUAUCGGUGUUGAUUGUUGAGUUAUGGAUAUUUUUGCGAUAUUUAACAUGCCCAAAAGGAAAUUAUAUAUUUAUUAUUUAAUUAAAUGAAUACAUUUUAUAAUGUUCAAAAUAAGCAGGUUAUAUUUAUUGUCCUAUUUUUCAGACCUGUUAUUCAUUUUAGGCAAGUUGUUUGUUAUCUUCAUCCUCGUUGUGAUUGGUCAAACUCAGAUAAACGCCACACGCAUGCAACAAAGCAUGCAAUGCAUCUCGUGCUGGACCACCUCAAGAGCGUCACAGGUCCCCUGCUGGACCCCCUGCAGUUUGCCUACCAAGCGAACAGGUCUACGGAUGAUGCAGUCAACAUGGGACUGCACUUCCUCCUAGAACACCUCGACAGUGCAGGGACCUACGCGAGGAUCCUGUUCGUGGACUUCAGCUCCAUUCAACACCAUCAUCCCUGAACUCCUUUCAUCCAAGCUUCUCCAGCUCAGCGUCUCACCUGCCAUCUGCCAGUGGAUUUACAGGUUUCUGACGGGCAGGACACAGCAGGUCAGGCUGGGGUAGGCCACCUCAUCCACACGCAGCAUCAGCACUGCGGCGCCCCAAAGUUGUGUCCUCUCUCCGCUGCUCUUCUCUCUCUACACGAACGACUGCCCCUCAGCGCACCCGACUGUCAAACUCCUGAAGUUUGCAGAUGACACCACUGUCAUCGGCCUCAUCAAGGACGGUGACGAGUCUGCACAUUGACAGGAAGCGGAGCGGCUGGAGCUGUGGUGCGGCCGACACAACCUGGAGCUGAACACGCUCAAGACUGCAGAGAUGAUCGUGGACUUCAGGAGGCAUCCUUCGCCACAGCUGCCCCUCACGUUGUACAGCUGCCUUGUGUCAACCGUCGAGACCUUCAAGUUCCUGGGAAUUACAGUCUCUCAGGACCUGAAGUGGGCGACCAACAUCAACUCCAUCCUCAAAAAGGCCCAGCAGAGGAUGUACUUCCUGCGGCUUCUGAGAAAGCACGGCCUGCCACCGGAGCUGCUGAGGCAGUUCUAAACAGCGGUCAUCGAAUCAGUCCUGUGUUCUUCCAUAACAGUCUGGUUUGGUGCUGCGACAAAAAAGGACAAACUCUGACUGCAACCGACAAUAAAAACUGAUGAAAGGAUUGUCGGUACCCCCCUACCCACCCUUGAGGACUUGCACGCUGCCAGAACUAAGACAAGAGCGUGCAAAAUCCUCUCGGACCCUCCGCAUCCCGGUCACCAGCUCUUCCAGCGCCUUCCCUCAGGUAGGCGCUACCGAUCAAUGCAAACUAGAACUAGCAGACAUUCCAACAGCUUCUUCCCUCUUGCAAUCAACUUCUUAAACAGCUAAACUACAAUUCCAUUGCAACAUGCUGGCAAUUUUUUUACUUGAGUUCGUUGUCACAUUUCUGUGGGGCCAAUUAUACAUUACUCGUGCGCUCACUGUAGUUGUCUCGCCACGCUGCACUAUUUGCAUAUCUGUUGUUUACCAAUACUGGCCACUCAUGGCAGAGAAGCAUCUGCUCCAUUUGCACACUGAUUGAGGAGUAUCUGCAACAUUUGCACAACCAACAUUGUCCCAGAUUAUCGCACUACUCGUCACUUUAGCCCGCCUACACUCCUUGAAGUCUCGGCGCCCUUUGCACAAUGGUCAUUGCACCGGACUAUUGCAAUAUUAGUCAUUUGAACUGCUCUAAGUGCUAGAGGACUCUGCAUCUUUUUGCACAAUUGUAAAAAAAAAAAUGUACCGGCAUUACCAGAUAACUAGCAACCCUUUACUGCUGUUUUUUUUUUUUGUCAAUGUCUUUAUGUCUCAAAAGUGUUCUCUGUCAAUUGACUGUCUGUUGUCGUACGAGAGCGGCUCCAACGACUGGAGACAAAUUCCUUGUGUGUUUUCUGGACAUACUUGGCAAAUAAAGAUGAUUCUGAUUCUGAUUAUGAAUACCA